GAGCUAUGCUGAGUGAUCUCAUUUACUUUAGGAUACCCAGUCCUUAUCUCGAUCCAAAAUCAACCUUGUCCAUAAUUUCGAAGCCGUUAUUGCUCAACACAGUUGAAACUAAUAUAUUCAAUAAUGGGGGCGGAAGCUGAACUUGAUGGUUAUGAAGAUGGGGAUUGCCAUGCCCCUGGAGCACCCACUCCACUUUCUGCUCUUGAGGGAGUGAAUGGUCUUACUGCACGAGAUAUCAAAUUGUUGAUCGAUGGAGGGUAUCAUACAGUCGAGGCCGUGGCAUACACACCAAAGAGAAUGCUGGAGCAAAUCAAAGGAAUAUCAGAGCAGAAGGCUGCUAAAAUAUUAGCAGAAGCAACAAAGAUUGUUCCCAUGGGAUUUACGACAGCAACAGAAAUGCAUGCUCGAAGAGCUGAUUUGAUAUGCAUCACUACAGGUUCUAGACAACUUGACACGUUACUUGCCGGGGGGGUAGAAACUGGCUCGAUAACAGAAAUCUUUGGUGAAUUUCGGACAGGAAAGAGCCAAAUUUGUCAUACAUUGGCUGUUACAUGCCAACUGCCCUUUGACAUGGGUGGAGGGGAAGGCAAAUGCUUGUACAUCGACACCGAAGGAACCUUUCGCCCAGUUCGCCUUUUGGCGGUAGCACAGCGCUACGGCCUGGCUGGAGAAGAGGUGCUCGAUAAUGUUGCCUAUGCUCGAGCAUAUAAUUCUGAUCAUCAACUUCAACUACUCAACCAGGCUUCUCAGAUGAUGUGUGAGACCAGGUUCUCGCUCCUAGUUGUGGAUUCAGCGACAUCGCUGUACAGAACAGAUUUCAGUGGGAGAGGAGAACUUUCAUCGCGGCAGACUCAUCUCGCUCGGUUUAUGCGAACAUUGCAGCGCCUGGCUGAUGAAUUCGGAGUUGCUGUCGUUAUCACCAAUCAGGUCGUUGCCCAAGUUGAAGGCGGUCCGAGUGCGAUGUUUAAUCCUGACCCGAAAAAGCCCAUUGGAGGAAAUAUAAUAGCACAUGCAAGCACAACCCGUUUAAGCCUUAAAAAAGGAAGAGGAGAAACUAGGAUUUGUAAGAUUUAUGAUAGCCCAUGUUUGCCAGAAAGUGAUUGUUUAUUUGCAAUCAAUGAGGAUGGAAUCGGGGAUCCAAGUCCUAAAGAUCUUGAAAAAGAUGAAUAACAGAUCAAAAAAUGGAGUUUCUUCACAAGUCAUUAGAUUUUGCAUGUGAAGUAC